ACAUUAUGGGUUUGAAAGAAGUUUUAAAGUUCAAGAAAGAUUCAUCCAGUGUAAAAAAGGACUCUCAUGUGGAUUCUAAUGAUGAAAACACGGAAAGGGGUAAUUGGUCCAGAAAAUCAGACUAUUUACUCUCCAUGAUUGGAUACGCUGUGGGUUUGGGGAAUGUGUGGAGGUUUCCCUACCUUGCAUACAAGAAUGGAGGAGGAGCAUUCCUUAUACCCUACACAAUUAUGCUUGCAUUUGCCGGACUUCCUCUUUUCUUCUUGGAAUGUUCCAUUGGACAAUUUUCCAGUCGGGGACCUAUAUCCGUGUGGAAGUUUGUACCACUACUGCAAGGUGUUGGUGUCACUAUGGUCCUCACCACAACAUUAGUUUCUAUUUACUACAAUGUUAUCAUUGCAUAUAGCUUGUAUUAUAUGUUUGCCUCCUUUCAAAGUGUGUUGCCUUGGUCGGAUUGCUUCAGUUGGGCAGAUGCAAAAUGCAGUAAGACCACCCAAGGUUCAUGCAAUAUUUCACUGGAUAAUAAUAUACUCACCACAAAUCUAACUUGGGUGAGAGAACAGAAUCUGACCUGUUUAGCGAACACUACAGUCCUGCUGGAGGUGGAUCUGCCUAGCAAACAGUAUUGGGAGAAGGUGACACUCCGUCUCUCUAGUGGGCUGGAUGAAACUGGUGAAAUAGUUUGGUAUUUGGCUCUUUGCUUACUUUUAGCCUGGAUUAUUGUUGGAGCUGCACUCUUUAAAGGAAUUAAAUCAUCUGGAAAGGUGGUAUACUUCACUGCAGUGUUUCCUUAUGUUGUCCUUAUAAUACUGUUGGUUCGAGGGGCAACUCUCGAAGGAGCAAGUCUUGGGAUUGACUAUUAUAUUGGAACGCAAUCAAACAUUACAAAGCUAAUGGAUGCAGAGGUAUGGAAGGAUGCUGCCACCCAGAUCUUCUUCUCGCUCUCAACAGCCUGGGGUGGACUUAUUGCUUUGUCUUCAUACAACAAGUUCCACAACAACUGCUAUACAGAUGCCAUCAUUGUUUGUGUGACAAACUGUGGCACUAGUGUGUUUGCAGGAUUCGCCAUAUUCUCUAUUUUGGGACAUAUGGCUUACAUUUCAGAAAAAUCUGUGUCUGAAAUAGUAGAUUCAGGCUUUGGUUUGGCAUUUAUUGCUUAUCCGGAAGCUUUAAGCCAGCUGCCAGUUUCUCAACUUUGGUCAUUCCUGUUCUUCGUCAUGCUACUUACACUGGGCCUGGACUCACAGUUUGCAUUGAUUGAAACUAUAACAACAUCAAUACAAGAUGCAUUUCCUGAAGUCAUGAAGAAAAGACGGGCUAUAAUCACAACUUGCUGCUGUUGUGUUCUUUUUCUUCUUGGGUUGGUCUGUGUAACUCAGGCAGGAAUUUACUGGGUAAAUUUGAUUGACUACUUCUGUGGUGGAUGGACCCUUCUCUUUGCUGCAGUCCUGGAGUUAGUGGGAGUUUGCUGGAUUUAUGGUGGCAACCGGUUCAUUAAGGACAUUGAAAUGAUGAUUGGAAAGAAGCAUUGGAGUUUUUGGUUAUGGUGGAGAGCAUGCUGGCUCUUUAUAUCACCAUUAUUAUUAACAGCUAUUCUCUUGUGGUCACUCAUUACCUUUGAAGCUCCUUCAUAUGGCUCCAUCAAAUAUCCUGCUUGGGGAACAGCUCUGGGUUGGUGCAUGAGCGCCUUCUGCCUAAUAUGGAUUCCAAUUAUAGCAAUAGUAAAAAUUAUCAAAGCAAGAGGAAACCUCUUUGAAGUAAGUGAUACCUGCAGACCUGCCGACAACUGGGGACCGGCAUUAGCCCAACAUCGUGGAGAGCGAUACAAACAUAUGCCCGGCACUACCACAGAAAAGGAUAAUGUAGAGAUCCCCACAGUGACUGCCACGAUGGAAUAUGACAAUGAGGCCUAUCUUUGACCUCUCAGUUGUAUGGACUCUCAACAAGUGACUAACAAUUGACACUCUCACAUACAUCAACUCCAUGA